AUGGAGGAUUAUGAAACCGUGGCAUUGGCAGAAGAGUGUAGUACAAUUAUUCAAAAGAAACUUCCUCAAAAGUUAAGAGAUUCGGGUAGCUUCACUAUACCUUGUACCAUUGGGAACUUUCAUUAUGAGAGGAAUUUAUGUGAUUUGGGUGCAAGCAUUAAUUUAAUGCCACUGUCUGUAUUUAGAAGACUUGGUUUGGGGGAAGCUAGACCCGUUACUGUUACUCUUCAAUUGGUUGACCGUUCAUUAACACACCCCCGAUGUAUUAUAGAGGAUGUUCUAGUAAAGGUAGAUAAAUUCAUCUUCCCAGCGGAUUUUAUUGUUUUAGAUAUGGAGGAAGAUGAGGACAAGCCUAUUAUAUUGGGAAGACCAUUUUUAUCUACAGGGCAAGCUCUGAUAGAUGUCCAGAAGGGUGAGUUAAGGCUCAGAGUACAAGGUGAUGAGGUAGUUUUUAAUGUUUUUAAAGCCUUGAAAUAUCCUUCAACUAGUGACAGUUGUUUCAAUAUUAGUGUAUUGGAGGAACAAGAGGAAGGGAUCAAGUCUAUUGAGGAUCCACUUGAGUUGAGUUUCUUUGCAAGUUCAGAAGAGUGUGAUGGUACUGAAACCAAUGAAUAUGUUAAGUGGUUGAACUCAUCGGGGAAAAUUUAUAAAAAGAAAUAUGAGGAAUUGGGGCAAGUGCCUGAGAGACCUCUCCCAUCUAUUGAGAAGCCACCAGUUCUUGAGAUAAAGACAUUGCUUGAUCACCUUAGGUAUGCAUAUUUGGUGUUGUCUUUGUUGUUAGAAUUUAGGUUCGUUUUGAGUCUUUUGUUCGAGGGCGAGCAAAGAGUAGGUGCUAUGAAUCAUGAGUUAAAUGUGAAAAGAAGAAGAAAUGGUGGAUAA